AGAAUUGGGAGGCGGGACUUGGUAGUGGCUGGUUACCCAGGUAGCCGACUGCUGGAAACGGUGCAGGGUCUGGUGCUGCAAUGAGUCUGUCGCUCAGAAACGAGCUUGCCAUUGACAAGCCAAAAAGGAAAAAGCGUCGAGAAUUGACGGAAGAACAGAAACAGGAGAUUAAGGAAGCUUUUGACUUAUUUGAUACUGAUAAAGAUAAAGCAAUAGAUUAUCAUGAACUGAAGGUUGCAAUGAGAGCACUGGGAUUUGAUGUAAAGAAGGCUGACGUAUUGAAGAUACUGAGAGAUUAUGAUCGGAAUGGCACAGGCAAAAUUUCUUUUGAGGACUUCAAUGAAGUUGUGACCGAUUGGAUUUUGGAUAGAGAUCCACAGGAAGAGAUGCUGAAAGCAUUCAAACUGUUCGAUGACGACGACUCUGGUAAAAUCAAUCUUCGAAAUUUACGUCGUGUUGCAAGAGAACUUGGUGAAAACAUGACUGAUGAUGAGCUACGUGCGAUGAUUGAUGAGUUUGAUAAGGAUGGAGAUGGAGAAAUUAACCAGGAAGAAUUCAUUGCUAUUAUGACUGGAGACAUCUAACCUUUAUGGAAAAAGUUACUGCAGAAGUAUUGAACAAUUUCUUCAGGGCUUUUUAGUUAUCCCUGACCAAGCACUGCAUAGGAGGAAAAAGAAGCACAUAACAGAGGAUUUCUACCCUAUCCUCCUCAAAACCAAUCAGAUGUAUUUAAGUACUGCUUCUGAAAGAAAGAACUUUGAAUUAACUUUUGUCAUUAUUCCCAGAAUUGUUUGUAUUUUUGUUAGCUGUUUGUUUUGUUUAGAAACCCUAGAAAGUAUUAAAUGUAAUAACUUUGUCAUUUACUGAUGACCUUAACAGUUUUUAACAUUCAAUCUAUUCCUUUUGAUACCUUUCAAUAUGAUUGUAUUAAUGCCAUUGUGGAGUAUUUCUGGUAGUCUUUAAUAAAAAUAUUUGUAAUAUGCAUGUA